AUGUUUCCAUCUUUUAUAGGUAUUUUAGAUAUUCAGUCAUGGUGGGAAGUGCCCAGCAUCGCUUAUUUUUGUUCCUUAUUCAGGACUGCUUUCAAUCUUCUAGAUUUUGACAUUGAAGAAUUGGAAGAAGCUCUUUUGACAGAUGGCACUGAAGAGUCCGCGAGUUCCCUCUUGACAGAGUUGAUUGUACGACUGUUAAACGGUUGUUUAGGCAACAAUGAUAUCUCUGCGUUUAAUUAUCAGAUGUAUUUGAGACGUCUAUUUCGGCAAAAAUGUCAAGAAACUGGAAGAUAUAAUCCCUUUAACACAGAUAUUGACUUUCAAUUCUUACCUCUCCGCACGAAGGUUGAAAUUCUCUAUGCAUUAUGUGACUUCCGUUUAGAUGCUGAAGAUGUGUUUGAUUUAUUCAAAAAUUUAGAGGCAGAGAGCUUGAGAGUAGAACCUCUAGGUUGGGAUGACAAUGACUCUGCAUAUUGGUACUUUUAUGGAACCAGAUUAUACCGUGAAGAUAUUAUAAAGAAACCAAAAGGUAAAAGUAAGAAGAAAAAGAAGCGUGUGUGGCAAGUGGUGUGCUUUACUGAGGAAGAUUGGACCCACCUGACAGAGAAGUUCAGUAAAGCAACCAGUAAGGUUGAGAAGGAAUUGUAUCGAUCUCUGUCACAGAACUUUUUGCCGGAGAUACCAAGGCUCUUCCAGGAGAAGGAACGUCUACAAAGAAAAAGGUUGCUAGAGCUUGCACCGCGACGCACGUCUAGUCGCGUACUGCAAAAGAUAAAACAGAAGAAGGAAGAACAAAAGCAGAGUGCUCAUGAGGACAAGGACGACGAACACACCAAGGAGUCGCCGGAUCUCGCGCGGGAGAACAGAGCUAGGAGGCGGGAUCUCUUGAGGUGCAAAUCCGCAUCGUCGGAUUCUUCGGAAGAGAGUUCGGCGAGCGAAAAAGAAGAAAUGCCGCAGAAGGUCUCCAAGCAAACGAAACGACCAGAAAAACGGUCAAAAAACUCAUCAGCUACGCACAAAGGAGAACCACCCCCUCCAGAGCCACCUGUAAAAACUGGUAGGAAGACCAACAACUCGCUGGCCUCCGCCACAGGGCAGAUCCUUAUACCUGAUAAUGACGAGCCUGUAAACAGCACAAGGAAAAAGUUGAAAACCUCACAAAUAUUCAGUCAAACUGAUGAAGAUAUUCAAAUCGACAUGUACAAAGUACUCGAACAACUAAUCGCUCACGAUGACGCUUGGCCGUUCAUGGAUCCCGUGGAGGAGGAGUACGCUCCCAAUUACUACGCGGUUAUAAGACGCCCUAUGGACCUGCACAAAAUGGAGGAAAGACUCGAUAGUGGAUACUACACGGAUUUUACUAUGUUCAAAGCAGAUUUCAAGUUAAUUGUGAACAACUGUAGACUGUACAACGGACAAGACAAUGAGUAUACGAUGAUGGUGGACAACCUUCAAACGGCAUUCGACCGUCUCACCGAGAAGUACAUCCAUCGAGUGUCUUCUUCGGACGAAGAGAUCGCGGUGGAGUACCAGUUACCAACGCCCUCACGCAAGCACAAGCUCAAGAACAGUGAAUCUCCCAUUCGCCACAAGCGGAAGAAAAGAAAAUCUCAUUCUGACGCAGGUGAACCCAAAUCCAGUACUUCAGAUCCAAUCGAAGAUGAAAAACAAGAUGAACAGGCGCCAGAAUCAAGUGAAGUAAAAAAAUCAAAGGAAUCUCAUAAAAGUAAGCAGGGAAAGACAAAAAAGAAACGCAAAGGUCAUCAUCGACAUGGUAAGCACUCCAAGAAUCACAAAAAAUACUCCCACAAAUCUGAACGUGACUCUAAGAGUAGACACAGUAAAAAACAAAAACACGCUAAAAAUAAAGACAGAGAAGGAAAAAAGUCUAAACAAAAGAAAAAGAAAAGUAAACACCAUGAAUCUGAACCAGUAGAAGUCAUAAAGCGGAGUGAGUCACAAGAAUCCUUGGAGAGCUCAAAUAGAAGUCGCAGCGCAAGCCCUUUGCCCUCUAUUCACACUCCGACGCCUUCGCCAACAGAACUUGACCAGCAAGAGCAGCAUGACCAGUCUGACCAACUUUCCGACCCUGACUUCUAUAAAGACAAAUAUGACAAAAUUAAAGAGAGAAGGCGACAUGCCGCUAAGGACGCAUGGGAAUCUCUGUUUGAUUGUAAGCAAAAAUCAGUGGACAAACCGAAACAAAAUUUGCGUAUUCCUGAAAAAGAUAAAAAUCAGAAAUUGAGAGAAACUAUCGAGAAACUAAAAGCCAAAAAUGAAAAAUUCAAAGACAGCUCACUAUUUAACAGUCUAUUUACACCGAGUCAGAGCAGUGCUGACAAAAGCUUAGACUCGAAUACAAAAGAUUCAAAAGACUCGGUAAAAGAAGAUGACGAACCUGAAUUUUCAGAUGAUGAUGAGGAUUUGAAAGAAAAACCCGCCAACAAAAAAGUUGUAAAGAAAAACACGGCAAGAAAUGAAUCAGCUUCUGAAGCUUUGGAGCAGGCUGUCAAAGAUAUAAGUAAGUGGUUGGACGACGCACCGAAAGGUUCUGCGACAAGUUCGCCAUCAGACAAACCCGAGCAAACUAUUUCAACCGAAGAUCCAGAUAACAGUCGCCAAGACGACGAAUUAUCGCAGGGGGAGAAGCCUUUGCAAAAUAAAAAGGAUGUAACCCGUAAGAGACCUUCUUCACGAGAACCAAAAUUAUUGAAGAGAAGGGAAAUACAACGAACUAUCGAUAGAUUGCAACCGGGCAAAAGCAAGGGUAACCUUCUCACUAACAUGCCCCAUAAGAGCUCUGAGAAACUUGAAGAGUCUGCCCCGCCAGGUCCGCUCAAUAAAACGCGUGAAACUGUGAAAGCAGAAGAGUUCAGUCCAAAACUAAGUCUCGGCUCGGUUCUACCAGCCGUAGAGUUUACACUGGGCAGUGAUCAUAACUUUACAAAUGAUGACGAUAAAACUGAAGAGAAAAAAGAAAUAGUUAAAGUAGUGGAGACAGAAAAGAAGGUCGUUGAAGAGAUAAAGGUUGAAAAUAAAAUUGAAGAAAAGCCACCACCUCCGACUAAAAAAGAUGCAGAAGUCGAAACUGAACCGACUGUUCCACCUAAACCUAGCCAGGAAAAAGCUACACCGAAUUUAAGCGCUUGGUUUAAGGCUUUUGGCGCUCCAAAAAGUACUACCUCAUCAGCAGUGACUACGAAAAAGAAACCAGAAGAGCAGGACUGUGAAGAAAAACCAACAGAUAAUGCCAAUGUUGAUAAUAAACCUAACAAUACUAGGAAUACGGUAAAGUUUGAUUCUCCAAAUGGUCCUGAAACGCCUAAUCACGAGGGCGGGGAGAGCCCUCUGCCGAGUAUCACGAACACACCUAGGCAGCGAAGGACCAGUACCGGUAGCUCAUUGUCCGAAAGAUCUUCAUUUAGUCAAGAUCUAGAUUCGCCUCGACAUCAAAUGUCUCACACUUCACCACUUCUGAGGUCUCCAGCUUCUCCAAGGACAGAAGAUUUUCAAAAGAUUACCUACCCAAUUAUAAACGGGUCUGUGAGAGCAGGCUUCUAUCAAGAUACAACGUCUCUCAAAAGUAGCCCCGAUAAGAGCUGUAGUCCGCGCGAGAUGCCUCAAUCGCCUUACUCACCGUAUUCACAACACGUGUAUAUUUCGAACAACGCUACAGGAUCUGCGACUCCAAAUUAUUUUGUUGAUCAUAACAAGAGUCCAUUACCUGCCUAUGGACAAAAUGCACCUUCAUACUACGAUGCAUCCAAAUCGCAGGUGAUCAGUAAGCCAGUGCCCAGAGUUCACGGCGACUUUACGCCUUUGGCACCUACCUCAUAUCAACAAAAUAAUUUCAACGGCCCCUAUUCUCCCACCACUCCACCAUAUCCGCAGCCUCAAAACAAGAACUAUUCUCAACCUCAGGCAUCACCGCACCCUGAGCCAACCCCGCCUAGCCCAGUAGCAAUUCCCUCGACACCGAUUUCAGAUUCUAAGACGACACACUUCCCUGUCAAAAAGCGAACUUACAACGAACCUGAAGAAUUAACUAAAAAAGGCCCAGAGCCAAAGGAAAUGGCUGCACCAUCGAUGCCGCCCAAGAACGACUACCAAAAGAUUGCACAACCUGCACAUCAAAUACCAACAAUGUCAAAUACGUCUAUCGAUGAUAUAGCAUUGGCUUUAAGUGAAAAAUCAGAAUUAGCCAAAAUGAAUAGUCUACGUGAAAUAAGUAGUGUGGAAUAUGUCGAGGGGAACACGUGCACUGAGAACAUAGAUCUCACGUACGACGCCAAUGAUGAUAGUCACGAGGACAAAAACGAAAUGGCAAACAACGAUCCUAACAAGCCAGUUAGCAUAAUGACAAAAGAUAAUGUUGAUAUGGUGAAUAUGGGUUACAUGAAUCCGGACAACGAUAGACGGAGUAGUAAUGGGUGUCAUGAAAUAGAUUACACAAAACCAAGCAUAGUAACUCAACAGAAAGUGUACGAUGUGGAGUCUAUCGCUAUAAAUCUUGGUAUUAAUAAUCAUCAAACGCCGAAAUCGUUGCCGAAGUCCAGUGUCGGCUGCAGCAAUAUGACUCCGGCACAUUCGCACGACAGACAGCUUGGUGAGAUUACUGUCAACCAAAACAUUGCGCAUGCGCACCACACUCAAUACGACACCACCAGCUUUUCCUUGAACGACAUCGAUCUGGCCAACAAAAAGCUUUACGCCUGCAACGCGACGCCUGCAACUACGGCCAUCGAUUACGGUAAUUGGAAAGUAACCAAUCAAAUCCGCAAUACAGAUAUGCCAUCUGACUACUCCACCACGUAUGCCGCUAGUAACGAAGAGAAGCUUAAAACCGAGGUGAACGUAACCAAUUCGGCCGCUAUUAACUACAAUAAAAACUUGCAACAGCAGCAGUACAACGCGUACAAUAAUGUACCGAGAGCGAGUUUACAAAGAUCGCAAGAGCUCCAGCAGAGCCUCCCGGCCGAACUGCGAAUACCGAAUCCGCGCGGCAUGCUUAAGAACGAGCAUAUGAGCGUGUCGUCCACGCUCAGCGACAGCGACCACAUUACUAAGAAUAUCGAUACACUUGCAAAGUCACAAAAAGCCGAGAAAUUAGUACAGAAUCAUCCCCUCGUGUCGUCAAUUCCGUACAAAGCUCCCUACAGUACACAUACUACGAUCCCUCUGGACACUCUAAGAAGUAUUCCUAAUAUACCACAAAUGCUAGAACGAUAUACUAAUGAUGAACGAUUUCUGUCCAGUUUUGCAACAAGUGGUGCAUCCUUAUAUCAUGAUAAAUCCUUCCAAAUGUUCAACAAAAGUAUAGCGUCCGACAUAAUUCCUGUCAGCACUUCGGUUAGUGCUUACUCACAGCCGUCUACAUCUUUGAGCAAGGAUGCUGGCAUAUAUAAAACGUCCUCAAGCAUUGCGACUACUCAAGCAGACACAAAGAUGAAGGCUAAACGGAAAAGAGCAGCGGAAAACAAAUCUUCACCGGUCGGCAGCCAGCCCUACCAUCACGCUUCGACAUGCAGCACGGACGUACUGAAUUCUGUUAAAUCGAACAUGAUGUCUGCGAGUGCAUUCAACUUUGGUACAUCGACGAACAUGGCGCUCGGCAGUGCGCUCUACGGAGACAACGCAUUCUCCAUGGAGGACUUCCGUAACAGCACCAACCAACUGAUGGCCGCGAACUACAUGGCCGCAGCCGUGGCGCAUCAGCAGCGGAAUUCGGUGGAGGCUAAUGCAGAAAAGCUUGUAAAGCCAGCACACCAGAACUCGAGCACAAGCACAUUCCCGUACAUAGGGCAUGGCCAAGUACGGGCGGGGUACCCGUUCGUGGGCGCGGACACUUCUUCACCUCUGUACCAGCAGUACCUGCAGCGCCACCAGGAGGAGCUGCUACGACAAACCGGCGCGCAGAUCAUGAGCCUGUACUCUCCUGGAUAUCCGGCAGCACUGGGCGUUCGCCAGCCACCGUACGACGCCAUCAACCGGCACUCCUGGCUCUAG